AUGUCGCUGGUUGCACUGGACGAGGAAGCGGCAACGGCUCACGCGUCCGGAUAUAAUCGUAUGCCCCCCGAAUGGGUCAAUUACCUGGAUGAAGCACAAUACGAACUUACAAGAAUCCGUUCUCGAUUGAAACAGAUCCGGGAGAUGCAGCAAAAUUUCAUGUCGAAGCCGAGCUUUGUUGAGGAUUUGGAUGCGCAGAAAGCAAUGGACACAAGUACUAGUGAG